UCUUUGGGUAGGGAGGGGGAAUCCCCGUGUAUUAUCACCACAUCACAAAAGCGUAUUGAUGUUAGUUUCGUAAUCGUGCUCAGCUGUACGUGUCUUUGGCAGUUCAUUUUAAACAGAUCGCUCUUGGAAUACAAUCGGCGUCGAUGUAAUAAGUGCGAGCUGCAUUUGGGCAAAAUAUGUUGUUUUGUUUAGACUCCUUCUGUGUAAUUUGUCAGUUCUUCGUGAUACGAUAUCGUUGGUGCAUUACAAGUUGCUGACGGCAAGUGACGUUAUUAUCCACCGAUACAGUCACCAGCAGGUCACCAGUCAUUCUCUUGUGAUCAAUCUGAACUAGGUGAUGAAAUAUAUUCGUGAUUUGAAGUGUGAAGGGAGUUAAGGAAAACAGGUUGAAUUAUUUUAAGAAACCCCUCUAUAGUCUGUUGCAAUAAGAAUGGAAGUGGAAAUUAACUUUGUACCUAAAGAGUGAAAUAUUUUCGAUUUAGCAGCUUCGUUGAGUCGUGUUAACUCGGAAUCCGAAUCUACAUCAAUUUUCAGGGACAAUGGGUAAUAAUAACACAAAAACUGGUCAAAGUUCGAGUGGUUCAAGGAUACCGGAAGCUAGUAGAAAUCAAGAAGCUAGUGUACCCAACUCUAGAACUAGAGUUGUGUUUGUUCAUAAUUCUUCUGCACAGUAUGAUAAUGGAUUACAAUUUGCUGCAAGUAGAGUAAACAAUUUGCCUCAGAACAAUUUUCCUGCCCAUGAACAUUUUCAGCACAUGAGUGAAAAUAGAAAUUCUAACAAUGUUUAUCCUCGUGUACCACCACCUCCAUAUGAGCCUUCUAAUACACAACCAUUUUUCUGCAAUAAUCCUCCAGGUAACCCUUCGCAAAUCAACAGAGAGCCUCUAUUCAGAGUACCUGUGACACAUCCAAAUCCCACCGCACCUGAGAUGCAUCCAAAUCCUACCAAGGUCCCAUCUCAAUUGCUGGAAAUGCCUAAUAAAGGCUCUGAAUUGCCAGAAAGGCCAAAAGUUUUAAUAGACACUUCUGAAUUACUGGAACUAUCUAAUAAAGAUCCAUCUAAUAUUGUAAGAUCUCUGCAAGAUAAAAAAGUUUUAUUUGAAAAUACCAUGCUACAGAGUUCUUUGCCACAAUCAGUUUUGGAAGUGUUAAUGAAAAUAGUGAGAAAAAUUUGCUUUGCAGAUACCUACAGUGAGAAAAUUGAGCUUCUUAAAAUAGUUUGUUCUGACAAGUUUCUUAAUACAUUGGGUAUUUAUAUUUUAAGUGUGCCUACUCAUCAGAAAGAUUGUGCAAAAGAAGAUGUUUUAUUUCUAGAAGGAAAUGUUUUGCCAUUUUUUGAAACUAUUUUACGGUUAAUUCCUAGUUUGAUUUGCCAUAAAUUAAGAGACUUGUUGAUCCAGACAAACCUUGCAUUAAAUGGUCUUCAACAAUAUCACAAUAUUAAGAUUGAUGAAACUACCAGAAUGAAGUUAAAGAAAUUGGAAAAAGAACUGAAACAUCACUUAAAUCCUGAUUCCCCUGAUAGUAGUGAAGAAGGUAAAGCACAGCCAGCCAGUGUGCAGGAAUCAAGUGCUGAAGAGGAUACUUCAAAGGGUGGUCCAGGUCAUUCAGUUCAAGCCCAGGCUAAACAUUUGGAAUUUCUUUCGCGUCAUAUUUUUCCAAGUGUAAUUAACAAACUGCAAGAUCGAGCACAUAGAGUGCAGGGAAUGUCUAAAAACAUAUAUUUUGUAGAUUAUAUAAAAAGCAGUGAGGAGGAUGCCAUAGAAGGAGAAUUUUUAUUAGCUGUGGCCAAGUACUUACUGAAGCAGAAAUACAAAGCUGAUGACAUUCUUCUUUUCACAACAAGUGAUGAGGACUUGAAAAAUAUUCUUGAAAUUAAGAGCAAAUAUGAGUCAUUGCAAGAUUUGCAAGUGGGACUAAUCAGCAGGUGUAACAAAUUUGAUGCCACUAUAAUUUUGAUUUCAUGCCCUGUUAGUAAAACAGAUGUACAAAAUAUUUACUGUGAACGUCAACUGUGUCAAGCUUUGUUGGGAGCUAAAAAUGGUGUUUUUAUGAUGGGAAACUUAAGCUUUUUAGAGAAUCUCAGUCCGUUUUGGAAGGAAAUGAAAAAACUCUUACAACAACAAGAAGCUGUAUCAACCAAGCUUCCAUUACUUUGUGAGUUGCAUCAGAUAGUAAUUAAUGUAUCUGAGGCUAAUGAUUUGAAAAAACUCAAGAAUGGAGCAUGCUUGAAACGUUGUGAAAAAAAAUUAAAAUGUGGGCAUCUGUGUAAACGUUUAUGCCACUUUGAAGACAGAGAGCACAAAUAUUACAAGUGUCAUGAACCAUGUUCAAGUUUGAAAUGUUUUCAGAAAAAAUUAUUGCCAUGCGGUCACUCUGAUCCUAGGAAGGAGAAAUCAGGUCCUCAGCUGGAUCUGUGGUCCACUGAACUUGCUUUCUUGUGUCAAGUUCCAUGUUCAGCAGUUCUGGAAUGUGGUCACACUUGUACAGGAACAUGUGGAAGUUGUCGCCAGGGAAGAGUUCAUUUGCCAUGCAAGAAUCAGAGCAAGAUUACUUUAGCAUGUGGACAUAGAUUUGUGUCUAUAUGCAAUGGUUAUGUACAACAGUGUGAACAGAAGUGCUUUUAUGAGUGUCCUCAUGCAAUGUGCAAAGAAAGGUGUGGUAUCCCAUGUACCCCUUGCAAGGAAAUGUGCACAAUAGGCUGUGAACAUUCAAAAUGUAACAAAAAAUGUUUUGAAUUGUGUGAUCGACGACCUUGCUUUGAACCUUGCAAGAAACUGCUUGUCUGUGGUCAUAAGUGUGUAGGCAUAUGUGGUGAACCCUGUCCUCCAGGCCCUGAAUAUUGCAGAGUAUGCAAUGCACAAAAAAUGAAGAAAAAAGAUGGCACAGGAGAAGCAAGAUUUGUUCUUUUGAGUAAUUGCAACCAUGUUGUUAGAAGUAAUGAUUUGGAUCGAAAAGCAUUCAGCAAAGUGCAAAAAUUAGAAAGUUUGGCAUGUCCACUUUGUGGAUAUAACAUAACCAAAACUACACGUUACUUAAAUUAUGCAAAAGAAUUGCAUAGACAUCUCAUUGUGAUAAGACAUGUUCAAAGAAAAUACCAAGAAAACAUAACAACAGAGUUUUGGAAGAUUGCUAAGGAGAUACGGUCAAUGUCUCUGCCGAAAGAAAUAGAAAAUCAUACUAAAAUAGAAGAAAUCAAGAAACAGUUUCAGGUAGUUCAAGAAACUAAAAUUGCCGAACAGAAGCCAAUGAUUCUACUCAUGUUUUUGAGAAAUUUACUUUACCCUAUUGUUGAUGGGUGCAGUGGAUUGGCAUCACCCCAUCACUUGGAUUGGUUGUUAAUUUUGCUUCUAGAGCGAUUUGAGAUGGGCUUAUGUUCACAAGUUCUCAGGGAACUUUACAAAGAAAUUAUUGAAUAUCAAAAACUGAAAGGUAAAGUGUAUCAGAAACAUGUAUUGGAAUUGCACAAAACCAUUGCAUUUUUCACAUAUCUAGAAAAGAACACUUGGAUGAAAUGUGCUAAAGGACAUUUGACUACGUACCAUUCACUACUGAUAGAGUGUGGUUCAUGUCAAGAAACUAAAGGCCUCAAUGUAAAUGAACAUAAGGUAAUUUGAAAAGAAAUACAUAUAUUUUUAAAAAAGGUCAUAAUGUAUAUUAUGUAUGAUAUAUAUGUAUUACAGUGUAUGCUAUAAAACUUGGCGUGCUAUAGUUAAUGUUUUUAUUUUUCUCAACAUUUGAUUUAAUAUUGUUAAUAAAGUUUGUAUUAUAAACUUUUAAGUUUAAAUUUUUUUAUGAAAAUUAAUUUCUGUGUAGAAAUUUAGUUUUCAGAAAAAUGCUAAACAGUGAAUAACCUUGAGCACAUCUUUUGAUUAUUUUACAUUUCAUUAACUAUUCAUCUAUGGCAGAUGUUAAAGAUUUGCAUAGUAAAUAAUCUCUUUUAUUUUAAACAUGAUUUAAAUGCACUGAUAAUCGCACUCUUUCCUUUGCUUUCUUAUUAUAAGACCCAACUGACUUAACGUUGAUAAAGCAAUAAUACUUUUCAAAUCAAAUUCAAAAUUAGCACUCAAACCAGUUAUAAUUAUAGUUAAACAACCAAUAAGUAAUAUAAAAUCACUUAUUGAAACAUUUUUAAACUAAAUGACAAUAUUAAUUUUAAAACUAAAUGGCAU